AUGUCACCAGGAAAAACCUCAUCUCUACAACAUCCACUUCAUUAUUCUUGGGUUUUUUGGUUUAUGCAUCGUUCACCAGGAUCGAAAAUCACCAAUUAUGAAGGCAAUAUGAAACAGAUCGCUUCCUUUUCCUCGGUGGAAGAGUUUUGGGCAGUGUAUUCACAUAUCAAACGACCUCAUGAAUUACCUACAAUUAGUGAUUAUCAUUUAUUCAAGCAUGGUGUACGACCUAUGUGGGAAGAUGAGGCAAAUAUUCAAGGUGGUAAAUGGAUUGUACGACUGAAAAAAGGAUUAGCAAGUCGUUAUUGGGAAAACUUGGUGUUGGCUAUUGUGGGUGAUCAAUUCGAUGUACAAGAUGAAAUUUGUGGGGCUGUUUUAUCUAUUCGUAAUUCGGAAGAUAUUAUUUCUGUUUGGAAUAAAACCUCUUCUAAUGGUAGAAUCAAUUUGAAAAUUAGAGAUACGAUCAAAAAGGUGCUGGCUUUACCACAAGAUACUACUAUGGAAUAUAAAUCUCACAACGUGGCUCUAAGAGACAACUCUAGUUUUAGAAAUACCGAUGUUUUCCGGUGA